AUGGCGACAGACAAGAUGACGCGCGCGUUCGCCGCCGCGCGCGCGCCGCCGCCGUCGCUCGCGCGAUGGCGUCGCGCUACCUCCCGCGCGAACGCGCACGACGCGUCGCGCGCGCGUCGCGUCGCCGCCGCCGCCGCGAUCGUCGUCUCCUCCGACCCUCCCCCCCCGACAGAUCCGCCGUCGUCGUCGGAACCAUCGGGGGCCCAUCGCGAUAAUGACGCGUCUCGCGCGUCUCGCGCGACCGCGGCGCCGCCGCCGUCGCCGCGCCGACGCAUUGCGCCCGGCGGCGCGAAGCGCGGGGACAACGCGCAGCGCGACGAGUGGGCGGACGCGGUCGUGUCGUCGCACUCCGGCGGCCGCGUCUCCAAGCGCGCGUUCGAGGCGCACCUGGGCGCGGUCGCGGACCUCGCGCUGUCCGACGUGGCGGUGGUUCUCGUCGGCACGAAAAAGGCUGGCAACGUCGGCGCGAUCGCGCGCGCGUGCGGCGCGUUCGAAUGCGAAGACUUACGGCUCGUCGCGCCGCGCGCGGAUCCGUACACGCGCGCGUCGCUGAGCGCGGCGAAGGGCGCGCAGCACAUCGUGCACGGCGCGGGGGUGUACGACGACGUGGAGGACGCGCUGAGAGGGUGCGACGCGGCCAUCGCGUUUCAUCGAUGGCACGAGGGGUGCGCGCCUCGGGCUGUGACGGACGUCGCGGAGCUCUUGCGGUCGUUCCCGGGGGAUUCGGGUGGUACCGGCGGCAGCGCGGCGGGGAGUGGUGAUGAUGGUGGUGAGAGUACACUAUCAUCGCGUCGUAACGCAUCCGAAGAGGGCGUUACUCCCCCGGAAGCGGUAGAAGAGUGGGAUUGGUCGUCGCCGGCGCAAGUCGCGAAGGACGCCGCCGCCGCCGCCGCCGCCGCCGCAUUCCUCGAAGGAUUAGAAACGCCCGAGGACAAGGCGUUAUCACACGCCGAGCGCGAGCGCCGGGAGCACGGAUGGCGCCGGCGACGCCACGCGACUCCGCCGAGGAACCGCGCCGGACGCGGAAGGAAACGCCUCGCGCUCGUCUUCGGUCGCGAGGUCGAGGGGCUCUUCGACGACGAGGUGAAUCAGGCGCGUUCACGGUACCUCGAUGGUUUCAAUCCCGACACACCCACCUCGACGCCUUUCAACUCCGCUUCUGACGCCUUUCAACUUCACCCCGACGUCGACUCGCGCGCGGCCGACGACCCGCAGUGCGACGCGGUGUGUUCGAUACCGACCGGUCGGUUGAUCGAGUCGCUGUCGGUGUCGCACGCCGCGGUGAUCAUCCUGUCGCAGUACUACCAGGCCAGGGUCGGCGGCGGCGGCGGCGGCGUGGCGUAG